AUGGCGAACGACAAAGAUGACCAAGAUACGCCAACCCUCGAAGACGCUCUCAAGCAACGCGAGGACGAGAUCAACAAGCUCCUAGAUCAAAAUCCAGAUAUGAAGCCACCCAAAGACGGGAAGUGGUGGGCUGCAUCAACAAAGCUCGCAUUUGACACCGAAAACAAGCUCGACGAAGAAACCGCCAGAAGCUUGAUAAUGCACUUAGAAAAGCAUUUGAUAUAUGAGGCUAUCUUUUCGUCGCUCGAUGAUGAUGCAAUCGACAUCUUCCGCAACAUUACCCAACCGGUUCAGAAGAAGGAUUAA